AUGCAUCAAGAAGCACAGUCCCAUCGCUUGACUACCUCCAACCAAGGUCGCGCUCUACUAGAGGUUAUUGGACAGAACAGUUUAAACCUACCCUCAAUACCACUUUCCGAACCGCCAUGUGGCACACUUCCACACACCAACGUGAGACCAAUACCCAAGCAUCGCAAACGCGCUCACAUUGACCUGCUCUCGUACCAUGUCGGCGCCAGCUGCGCCGCCGGCAAAGUAGUCCCCGCCAGCACAGAUCCGUAUGGCCACACAAUCGUCAACCAUUACCCCGACGUUCCUUCUGUGCAACAGCAGAAUUAA